AUGCUGGUCAUCCAUCACUUGUCGCUGGCUUACUCACGUUUAAUGUUUGCCCAAAUUCAAACGAGGGGACAAAGACGGCCAUUGACAGGUAACGUGCCGCUGCUACCGCAUCUAUCUAUCUAUCUAUCUAUCUAUCUAUCUAUCUAUCUAUCUAUCUAUCUAUCUAUCUCAGUCUGUUCAUAUCUAUCUCAGUCUGUUUGCAUCUAUCUAUCUAUCUAUCUAUCUAUCUAUCUAUCUAUCUAUCUAUCUCAGUCUGUUCAUAUCUAUCUCAGUCUGUUUGCAUCUAUCUAUCUAUCUAUCUAUCUAUCUAUCUAUCUAUCUCAGUCUGUUCAUAUCUAUCUCAGUCUGUUUGCAUCUAUCUAUCUAUCUAUCUAUCUAUCUAUCUAUCUAUCUAUCUAUCUAUCUAUCUCAGUCUGUUCAUAUCUAUCUCAGUCUGUUUGCAUCUAUCUAUCUUCAUCUAUCUAUCUAUCUAUCUAUCUAUUCUAUCUCAGUCUGUUCAUAUCUAUCUCAGUCUGUUUGCAUCUAUCUAUCUAUCUAUCUAUCUAUCUAUCUAUCUAUCUAUCUAUCUAUCUAUCUAUCUCAGUCUGUUCAUAUCUAUCUCAGUCUGUUUGCAUCUAUCUAUCUAUCUAUCUAUCUAUCUAUCUAUCUAUCUAUCUAUCUAUCUAUCUCAGUCUGUUCAUAUCUAUCUCAGUCUGUUUGCAUCUAUCUAUCUAUCUAUCUAUCUAUCUAUCUAUCUAUCUAUCUAUCUAUCUAUCUCAGUCUGUUCAUAUCUAUCUCAGUCUGUUUGCAUCUAUCUAUCUAUCUAUCUAUCUAUCUAUCUAUCUAUCUAUCUAUCUAUCCCAAUCGGUCCAUAUCAACCUCAAUCUGUUUGCAUCUAUCUAUCUAUCUAUCUAUCUAUCUAUCUAUCUAUCUAUCUAUCUCAGUUUGUUCAUAUCUAUCUGUCUAUUUGCAUCUAUCUAUCUAUCUAUCUAUCUAUCUAUCUAUCUAUCUAUCUAUCUAUCUAUCUAUGUUCACAUCACUCAGUCUGUUUCCAUCUAUCUAUCUAUCUAUCUAUCAUCUAUCUAUCUAUCUAUCUAUCUAUCUAUCUCAGUCUGUUCAUAUCUAUCUCAGUCUGUUUGCAUCUAUCUAUCUAUCUAUCUAUCUAUCUAUCUAUCUAUCUAUCUAUCUAUCUAUCUCAGUUUGUUCAUAUCUAUCUCAGUCUGUUUUCAUCUAUCUAUCUAUCUAUCUAUCUAUCUAUCUAUCUAUCUAUCUAUCUAUCUCAGCCUGUUCAAAUCUAUCUCAGACUGUUUGCAUCUAUCUAUCUAUCUAUCUAUCUAUCUAUCUAUCUAUCUAUCUAUCCCAAUCGUUUCAUUCAUUCUAUGUUUUUCUGUUUUUUUUUCUUUUUCUUCACUUUCAUUCAUUCCGUGUUUUUUCUUAUUCCUAUUCCGAAAUAUUUCACUUUUUCGUUCUUGUUUUACUUUUACCCUCACUUUCAUUCAUUUUUUGAUGUUUUUUUUUCUUAUUCUUAUUCCUGAUAUUUCGCUUUUUCUUGUUUUUCUUUUUCUUCACUUUCAUUCAUUCCAUGUUUUUCUGUUUUUUUUUCUUCUUUUCACUUUCAUUCAUUCCAUGUUUCUUCUUAUUCUUAUUCCGAAAUAUUUCUGGUUUUUCGUUCUUGAUUUUACUUUUUCCUUCACUUUCAUUCAUUCCAUGUAUUUUCUUUCAUUCUUAUGCCGAUAUAUUUAUUUUUUCGUUUUUGUUUUUUUGCUUUUUCUUCACUUUCAUUCAUUAAAUAUUUUUUCAUAUACUUAUGCGGAAAUAUUUCACUUUUUCUUUCUUGUUUUACUUUUUUCUUCACUUUCAUUCAUUUUUUGA